ACACAACAACAAAAUGUCGAAUAGAACUCCUGGGUGGGGUUUAGAAUUUUACGAUUGCGUUGUUAAUAAUGAUUUAGCUCGAUUGGAAACAUUGGUGGAGCAGAACAAGAUAGAUUUGGAUGCUAAAUUUGCUCAUGUCAGGAAGAAAAACCAUUUGGAUUUGAGCCCAAUUCAUUUGGUAGCCUACAAAGGUUACACUGGAAUGUUGCAGUAUUUAAAGGCAGGACAAGAUUUAUAUAUUUUAUAG